AUGGCUAAACCACCAUCUUGGAAAGAGAGAGGCCACCGUGUGAGCCUCGCCAGGGCUUAUCAGCCCAAAUACCCCUGGAAGAGUGCGCCCAGGAGAGACAAGAUGGACCAUUAUGCCAUCAUCAAGUUCCCGCUGACUACCGAGUCGGCCAUGAAGAAGAUUGAGGACAACAACACCUUGGUCUUCAUUGUGGAUGUCAAGGCCAAUAAGCACCAGAUCAAGCAGCCUGUCAAGAAGCUGUAUGACAUUGACGUGGCAAAAGUCAACACGCUUAUCAGGCCCGAUGGUGAAAAGAAGGCCUACGCUCGUCUUGCUCAGGAUUACGAUGUUCUAGAUGUAGCCAAUAAGAUUGGUAUCAUCUAAAUGAAACAUCACCGGAAACUGCACAGAGCUCCUAAAUAUAGUUGUAGCCAGGGAAUCUGCAGAUUGUACAGAUGUUCAUAUGCCAUUUUGUCCAUUAAACCCACCUUUGACACCAAAAAAGAAAGAAAUAUUAGUUAUCGCA